UUGAAAACCAUAGAACAAGCUUGUGUGUGGCUUGCAGAUAAACACAUUCCGAAUGCAGCUAUUCUGACUGACAGCAAAUCUGGACUACAAGAAAUCAGUAACCCCAAUAGUACAAAUCAUAUAGUUACCAACAUCCACAGAAUGCUAGACAGCCACAGCUUAUCAGUUAAUUUCAUUUGGGUCAAAGCCCACACAGGUAUAGCUGGUAACGAAGCUGCUGACCUGGCAGCCAAAGCUGCAGCCACAAGCCAUAACGUCCCUAUUCUCACAAAAUUUCCAAUUAGCUUCGUAAGAAAACUUGCUCAACAAGAUAGUAAAGUAGCUUCCGAACAAUUUUACCAACAUAACAUGAAAGGUGAAAUAACCAGAAAAUGGCUCCCUACACUUACACACAUACAAGAAUUAUACCAAGUCACAAAGCACUCAUUCACACUAACACAAAUUCUAACAGGUCACGGCUACCACAAAGAGUACCUUCAUAGAUUUAAAAUAGUAGAAAAUAACACAUGUCCUUGCGACGACACUGCAGUACAGUCAAUUUUCCGUUUACUUAAUGAUUGUCCAAAAUUCCAAGAUACACGUCUAGCCCAUACGAUAACUUGCACCAAUCUUAAAGUACAACCCUUCUCCAUUGAAGAAAUUAUUAAAAAGGAAAGCACAUUUGAAACGUUUCUACACCAUAUUAAUAGUAUAAUAAAAAGUCUUAAGAAAUUUAACGGAACAGAAUAA